UGCAUUACUUAUCUUUCGACAACAUACUCCCUCCCACCAUGUCACCACCACCAUACAUUCGUCUUCAGCCGCAUCCCUUUUCCAUUUUACCCGAUCACCCCUCCCUCACACACUCACCAGCUCGACCACCCCUACACGACUUCCUCCACGAUAUUUUGACUGAAGCCCAGUCAUUCGUGACCGCGAUCCCAACCACUUUCAAACCUGCUCGUCGACUACGCCCCUCCCCCCCAGCUACUGCCUUUGUCCAUCUCUCUACAUGCUUGGUGUCCCAAGCAGCAUCUAGCACUGACCCCAAAAAGAAACCCAGCUCUGAUUUCUGGAUCUGUCGGACGAGCAUUCAUGAAGAUGCGGCCCGCGAUGGCACCGCAUCUUGGGCCGAGUUUCGUGCCGGGCUCAGAGAGAAUCAUUCUGUGAAUGAGAUGGAGUACACGCCUAGCGUAACCGCCGUCAAGACUCUGCUGCAGUGGCCUUCCCAGUCAGUGAUCGAAGGUGGGUGGCAGCAGGUGGAAGUUCAUGUAAACAUUAUUAUCCAUACUUUCCAUCCGAAGCGUCUGAUUGCCCCGCGCUCCUUCAUCGUGCUCGUCGUCUCCGCGGACCGACCCGGCGAUCAGAGCGGCUUUGUGACCGUGCAGAUCCCCCUGUCUCCGUCUGCGGAGCCGGCUGAAACUCUUCCCGACCUACUUCAUGCUGUCAGGGCUGCACAGCCCACAAAUGCGACUCUAGCCACUUAUGCGAGCGUCGAAGAGGUGCUACUCACCCCUUCUGAGAUGGACGCCGACGUAGUCACUUGGACAAUGGCCACCACAUCCGAUGCUGGCGGAGCUAUUCCAAGCUGGGUGCAAAGAAGCUGGAGUCUGGGUGGAGCCCCAAAGGCUGUCGUGGCGGAUGUUGGUCUAUUCAUUGGGUGGAUAGCUAGGAAGAGAUCAUAAAAGGCCGAUAUGUUCACGAACGGGCCAUGUUCAGACUACAGAAGGCAAGGCCGGGGAUUUACGCAUGUCCAAUGAC